AUGCCCAGUCGAGCAACGCAGACCUCCCGCCCGGUGGCCGGGACCCGGUCAAAGGAUCACCAGCACAAGUUUGUGAACGCUUGGAAGCCGAACGGGAGAAGCCUUCCUGACACUUCAGAUGAAAAAACGAUGACAUUCGACCUGGCCAGCAACAUCUUACGGACGGGUGCCUAUUUCAGAAAGAGGGCCGGACGACGUUCCACAAUCACCCGCUAUUUCUUUGUGGGCGACCCCCACAGUUCACAAGGGUUUCUGCGAUAUUUCCAAACUCACAAGGCUGCUUCAACCACUACACCACGAGGCACUUUUGAUUUGCUGGACCUUGUCAGGGCCACCUGGGACGGCGAGCAGCGCUGCGUGACGCUGACGCAGUCAACCAAGAGCGAUGUUUCAGAGCGGGGCCUGGUCGACAUCCCUGAAAGCUUUUUCCAGGCGCUGCUCUUCGCCGUCCAUGAGGCAGAGUUUCGGCGCCAACACCCCGAGAUCGCCUCAGCGCGGUGA